AUAGGCGACCGCUCCCUUUCAGUCCGAAGGAAAUGUACCGAGGGGUAGGUAUAAACGUGGUCAGUAUGGCCCCUAUCACAGCUAUGCAGUUCGGUGCCAUGCAGUUCUUCUCGGAUCUACUGAAAGCAAAGUAUGUGGAGCCAAAGUGGGCGAAUCAGUUCCCAGUUUAA